AUGAAAGUACAACAGAGAAGUGAAAAAGCGGUAACACUGGAAGUGAAAUUCAAACCGAAUGUAGAUACAGUUAUAGAAGAAAUACCUGAUGGAAUGUCGAGCCUCCUGGUCUGCAGCCAGGGGACCUUAGCGAAGGCAGACUUGCUGACUGAGAGCGCUGCCCGAAGGACGUUCAUCUUUAGGCCACAGGAAGGGAAGCAGGGCUGUAAGCUGAUGCUUAGUACGAUUUGCUUGGGGGAGAAAGCGAAAGAGGAAAUGAAUGGGGAGAUCCUGCCCCCAGCAAACCAGGAAGACAAGAAGAGCAAGCCCAUCACCAUUGCCUCGCUCCAGGCCUCUGUGCUGCCCAUGGUCGUCGUGACAGGAUUUGAGAUUUCUCCCCCAGUCACUCUUCAGCUCCAAGCUGGCACAGGACCUGUGUCCCUCAGUGGCCAGGAAUGUCACCACCUUUCAGUCUAUCCUGAGAAGGGGAGGGGGAAGAGCAUGAUAGAUGAUGGCGAUGAGGAUGAUGUAGAUAUGUCACUGGAGGAGAUGAGCACUGUCAAAGUCAGGAGGCCGGCGCCCCAGAAGCAGACAAGCAUUGCCAGGAAGAAAAGGUUGGAAAAAGAAGAGGGCACAAGACCCAGUCUUAAAGACAAGAGCCUUAGGAGGAAGGCCAAACCCACAAGCAAGCCUAAAAAGCUGGAAUCCAAGAAAUGA